UGGAAACACUGUAUUUUUAGAGAUUACUUAUAAUUUCAUCUAGAUUUUCCUGUAAAUUUUGAAAGCCCAAUCUACAUAUAAUUUUCUGAAAGAGAAUCUUUCCAAUUUGGUUUCAAUUCUAUGGUUCUGAAUAAAUUGAAAGAACCCCAUAAACUAGAGAUGGGUGACGUCGAUCCGGAAACACUUCUGGAAUGGCUGUCUAUGGGUCAGGGGGACGAGCGUGACAUGCAAUUGAUUGCCCUUGAGCAACUAUGCAUGUUAUUGCUUAUGUCCGAUAAUGUGGACAGAUGCUUCGAGAGCUGCCCGCCACGAACCUUUCUUCCCGCCCUUUGCAAGAUAUUCCUUGACGAACUUGCACCAGAAAAUGUACUCGAAGUAACAGCCCGAGCCAUAACUUAUUACCUAGAUGUAUCAGCCGAAUGCACUCGACGCAUUGUUGCCAUCGAUGGUGCCAUUAAGGCAAUUUGUAAUCGUCUUGUUGUGGCUGAUUUAUCAAGCCGUACCAGCCGUGACCUGGCUGAACAGUGUAUCAAAGUUCUCGAGUUGAUUUGUACUCGCGAAGCUGGUGCCGUAUUCGAUGGUGGUGGCUUACAUUGUGUAUUGUCAUUCAUCCGUGACUGUGGGUCACAAGUGCACAAGGACACUUUGCACUCAGCAAUGGCUGUUGUAUCGCGUUUGUGCACCAAAGUGGAACCAAACAGUCCAUGCAUUCAGGAUUGUGUUGAAAGUCUGAGUACUUUGUUGCAACACGAAGAUCCUAUGGUGGCCGAUGGAGCAUUGAAAUGCUUUGCAUCGGUUGCUGAUCGUUUCACCCGCAAAUGGGUUGAUCCAGCUCCAUUGGCUGAGUAUGGAUUGGUGAGUGAGUUGCUGAAAAGAUUGGGCAAUGCUGCUGGUAACGCACAACAAGGAUCAAGUUCCACAUCGACUGGUCAUAAUGAUAGCUUGAAUGCGGUCACAACAACCAACAAAACACAAAGCACUGAUGCAACACGAUCUUCACAAUCGAUAUCGACAACGAUUUCGCUAUUGUCUACAUUGUGUCGAGGAUCUCCAACAAUUACACAUGACCUAUUGAGGUCUAAGCUGCCCGAUGCUAUGGAAAGAGCACUCAAGGGUGACGAACGUUGUAUACUCGAUUGUAUGCGACUAGCAGAUUUGUUGCUGUUGCUUCUUUUCGAAGGUCGACAGGCUUUGAGUAGAGUUGGUGCUGGUACACAAGGCCAACUGGCUCCUAGAGUGCGCCGAAAUGAUUCGAGUGCCGAACGUACCCACCGUCAGCUAAUAGACUGCAUUCGCAGCAAAGAUACAGAAGCACUUCAAGAAGCUAUUGAAACGGGUGGAAUCGAUGUAAAUUGCAUGGAUGAUGUCGGACAGACUCUUUUGAAUUGGGCAUCAGCUUUUGGAACACUCGAGAUGGUCGAGUAUUUGUGUGAGAAGGGUGCCGAUGUUAAUAAGGGCCAACGUAGCUCAUCGCUGCAUUAUGCAGCAUGCUUCGGCAGGCCAGGGAUAGCCAAAGUUCUCCUUAAAUUUGGAGCCUAUCCAGAUUUACGUGAUGAAGAUGGCAAAACACCUUUGGACAAAGCUCGCGAACGAGUUGACGAUGGUCAUCGUGAAGUUGCAGCAAUUUUGCAAUCUCCCGGUGAAUGGAUGUCCGCCGGGCGUAGUCACCUUAAAUCAGAAUCGGAAGAUGGCACAGCUGAGCCGCGUGGCGAUCCAGAAAUGGCGCCAGUUUAUUUGAAAUUUUUCUUGCCUUGCUUCUGUCGCACGUUCCAAGGAACUAUGUUGAGUAGUGUUCGACGUGCUAGUUUGGGACUCAUUAAAAAAAUGGUUCAGUAUGCUCAACCAAAUGUUUUGCGAGAUCUUUGCGAUUCACAGUCGGUACCUCUACCACCCAACGGGACACCAUCUCAAAAUCUUGGAACUUUGUUGGUGGAAGUAGUUGCAAGUGUUCUUGAUAAUGAGAUUAGCUACAGUUGGCCAUCAGCUAUGAUGACGAGUUCAUCGAAUUGUUCGUCGUCGCUUUUAGCAACAACAACAACUUGUAGCAAUACUGCUACAUGUAGACAAGUAGUGGCCGCCAAGAGUGGAACACUUGCGCAAUCGAAUAAACAGCAGCGUGUUGAAAAUUCACAGCUUUACAUUGUGCCGCCUCCAAAGCAAAAAGCCGAGGGGGACGAUGAAGAUGGUCAUUUAGUUGUCUUAACCAUCAUUGAAGAAUUAACAUCAAAAACACAAGAAGAAUUUCUUGAUCAUUUUGCACGAUUGGGUGUAUUUUCAAAAGUUCAAGCCCUCAUGGGACCAGAGAAUGAAAUUCAAAAUGAUAAAGUUCUUAGUUUAGUGCCAGCAAUUACCGAUGAACCGGGACCUUCUUCGGCUGUUACAGCUGUUGUAACUGAAGAUGCUAUGGAAGAUGCCAAAGAGAUUCUACCGGGAAAGGCAUAUCACUGGCGCGAAUGGAGUAUCUGUCGUGGACGUGAUUGUUUGUAUGUUUGGUCAGAUUCAGCUGCAUUAGAGCUAUCGAAUGGAUCAAAUGGUUGGUUCCGUUUUAUUUUGGAUGGAAAGCUAGCAACUAUGUAUUCGAGUGGAUCUCCUGAAAAUGGAAAUGAUAGCUCUGGAAAAGGACGUGGCAUGGACGCAGUAUCUAGCGAAGAAAAUCGUGGUGAAUUCUUAGAAAAACUCUUACGCGCCCGUUCUGCAGUUCGCCCUGGAACACCAUCACAACCUAUCCUCCCAACUGUAUCAGUACUUCGUUUAGUUGUUGGCAACUGGGUUUUACAAAGCCAAAAACAAAACCAACUGCACAUUCAUAAUUCAGAAGGUCACCAAGUGACAAUUCUCCAAGAUGAUUUGCCUGGAUUUAUUUUCGAAAGCAAUCGCAGUACUAAGCACACAUUUACCGCCGAAACAACACUCGGUCCAGACUUUGCCUCUGGCUGGUCUGUAACGAAAAAGAAGAAAAUCAAAACCAAAACUGAAGUUCAAAAGAAUCAAGUUAAAAAUUUGGCUAGGGAUCUUUAUAAUAAGUACUUUAAGGCAGCACAAGCGGUACCACGUGGUGCUGUGGCUAAACUCACAGCAAUUGUUAAAUUGAUUGAAACAGCUCUGGAAGAACAACGUAUGUCACCAAACUCAAAUUGGCAAGAGAAACUUAAUAGUGCUUUGAAUGAGCUUACAAAAUUGCUGCAUGAAGAUGGCGUUGUGAGCGCUUAUGAGAUGCACAGCUCUGGACUUGUCCAAGCAUUGGUUGCAGUUCUCUCAAAGAACUAUUGGGACAAUGGACUUUCAAGGAACCGAAUGAACAAGCUACAAAAACAACGCAUUGCAAUCUUCAAAAAUUGCAUUCUCAACAGCAAGGGCAGCGAUAAAAAGAACACUGCUGGGAUUCUUGUUCAGAAAUUAGUCUCGGUUUUGGAAAGCACUGAAAAAUUGCCAGUCUACAUGUAUGAUGCUCCUGGAACUGGUUAUGGCUUACAGAUUUUGACAAAACGUUUGCGAUUCCGUCUAGAGCGAGCUGCUUGUGAGACGACUCUAUUCGAUCGUACCGGAAGAACUUUGAAAAUGGAACCACUUGCCACAGUUGGUCAGCUGGCCAAGUACUUGUUGAAAAUGGUUGCAAAGCAAUGGUAUGACAUGGAUCGUUCGGCAUUUGUUUAUCUCAAAAAGCUAAAAGACUACAAAGCUGGCAUGGUAUUUAAGCAUGAGUAUGAUUUUGACGAAGAAGGUUUGUUAUACUUUAUUGGAUCGAAUGGCAAAACAACGGAAUGGGUAAAUCCAGCACAAUAUGGACUUGUUCAGGUUACUAGUUCAGAAGGAAAGAAUCUGCCCUAUGGAAAGCUUGAAGAUAUCUUGUCGCGUGACAGUGUCAGUGUGAAUUGUCACACCAAAGAUAACAAAAAAGCUUGGUUCGCUAUUGAUUUGGGACUUUUCUUGGUACCGAAUGCAUAUACUUUGAGACAUGCUCGUGGUUAUGGCCGUAGUGCCUUGCGUAAUUGGAUGCUUCAAGGUUCCAAAGACGGUGUCAGUUGGGUAACCCUUGUGACACACUCUGAUGACAAAAGCCUUGUUGAACCUGGUAGUACUAGUACUUGGCCAAUUGUGUGUGCUCCAGAUGAACACCAGGGUUUCAGACAUAUCCGCAUACAACAGAAUGGUCGUAAUGCUUCUGGCCAGACACACUACUUGAGUUUAAGUGGUUUUGAGAUAUACGGCAGAGUGGCAUCAGUCUGCGAAGACAUGGGCAAAGGAGUCAAAGAAGCUGAGGCUAAAAUACGUCGAGAACGGCGACAAAUCCGUGCUCAACUGAAACACAUCACGAAAGGGGCACGAGUUGUUCGUGGUGUUGAUUGGCGUUGGGACGAUCAAGAUGGUGGCAGUGAGGGAACAGUUACCGGAGAGAUUCACAAUGGCUGGAUCGAUGUUAAGUGGGAUCAUGGUGUCCGGAACUCUUACCGCAUGGGAGCUGAGGGAAAAUACGAUCUGAAACUGACCAAUUGUGAUAAUCUGUCGGUGCUUGAAGGUGGCAACUCAGUUGCCCCACUAUCGAAUAUAUCCAAGAAACUUGAGAACAAGAGUAAUGCGCUAACUAGUCGCAAGUCCAGUUCGACACCAUCACUGCCAGAGGCAACUGAGCUAAAUCGUAAUUCGGUGGCCUCUUCAGAUCAGGCAGCCUCUGCAGAUAAUCUAGCCUGGAAACAGACCGUCGAAGCAAUCACUGAAAAUGUUUUCUCUUCGGCCAAGUCAGAUAUUGUUACAACGGCCAAUCCUGAUGGAAAAGACACUAGUGGCUCUUCAGUUGGAGGUCAUCAUUCACUGCGUGAGCGGGAGAAUAUUACCGACUUAUCGGCAAUUAACAAUUCGAUGCAAGCUAUAAAUGCUAAUGUGGUAUCCGAUUUGGCCACAAUAACUGAAAAUUUAGCACUUGCCGAUAAUUUGUGCGGUGGCAGUAGCAGUGCCAAUAAUGCCGCUAAGAACACUCUAGCUGGUUUGUUGGCAAGUGGACCAAGUAGCACUGGCGCAACUCUCAUUCGACAACAAAGCUACAGCGAGGACAACAACAAAUCGUCAAACAUCGAAGCAAACAAUAAAAUGAAUGCAAGCAACUCUGUGAAUAGUAUCAGCAAGAGCCUUUUGGUUAAUCUUAGGGCCAAUUCUGGCCAACGGGUUUCACAAUUCUCCACUGAAGCAAUGGAAGUGAUUGAUAAGAUGCGUGAAGGAGUCGAUAUGAUUCGUAACAAUACAAAUAACAUUCUGUCAUCCGACAUUCUUUCAAUUCCAUCAUCCAACUGUCUGGCUUCGGGUGUGAAGAUUCCCUUGCCCAAGACUCAUGACGCAACUGGCAGUAAUGCAGUAGCUCCACCAACUGCAUCCAGUACGGGUGGCGUUGUUAUUCAAAAACCAGAUGAAGUUAUGCAUUUCAAGAAGCAACUUGUCGAAAAGCACAUGGGUGAAUGUUCAGCCGGUGGCAAAGACGAUGGCAAGAGCACUACACCACCCACAGAAAAUCCACCGCCAGGAAGUACCUCCUCAACAGCGGUAUCGAGUCAAAUGAGUGUGAGUGUACCGAACUUGACUACCACUUCGGUUUCAGAGGCUCCAGCUCAGCCAGACACAGCAACACCAACAAGAUUAUUAGAAACAUUUGCCGCCAUGGCUAGGCGACGUGCUUCGCAAGGUAAUAAUAUUCAAAACGAUCAGAAGAUCAACAAUUCGAAUUCGAAUGAGCGCAAUAAUCAAAAUUCGGGAACUGGAUUCUUCCCGCGUGGACCUACUUCAGUGACUAGUUUGGUCAAAUUGGCUUUGUCUAGCAAUUUCCAUUCGGGAUUGCUUAGUACUGCACAGAGCUAUCCCAGUUUAUCAUCAAAUAAUGCUGCAAACAAUUCUGGAUCAAACGUUGGAGGCGGAACAAAUGCAUCGCCUGGCAAUCAAGUUUCAUCAUCGAUUAAUCCAGCUCUAACAAUGAGUCUCACAUCAACAUCAAGCGAUAGUGAACAGGUGUCUUUGGAAGACUUCCUUGAGAGUUGCCGUGCUCCUGCUUUGUUGGGUGACAUGGAUGACGACGAUGAUAUGGAUGAGGAGAACGACGAUGAAGAGAAUGAAGACGAAUACGAAGAAGUUGGAAAUACCCUCCUACAGGUAAUGGUGUCCAGGAAUCUUCUUACAUUCAUGGACGAUGAAACUUUCGAAAAUCGUCUUGCCGGUGUGGGCAAACGAAAAUCAUGGGACGAUGAAUUCGUCUUGAAACGCCAAUUCUCAGCUUUGAUUCCCGCCUUUGACCCACGUCCAGGCCGAACCAAUGUCAAUCAGACAUCUGAUUUGGAAAUUUCUCCACCUGGUUCCAGUACAGAAGCAGCUAAAUCCAGUGAAUACAUAACUGUCCAACAGCCAGCUUUAUGUUUGACUCUGAAAGGACCUGGCAUCGGAGGUGUUCCAGAUGUUGAAGUUGAAUUGCGAAACAAUGAAUGGUCAAUAUUCCGUGCUGUGCAGGAGUUGCUUCAAGCAACACAGCUAAAUAAAGCAGAUAAAUUCCGCAAGGCAUGGGAACCAACUUACACAAUUGUUUACAAAGAAGCACUGCCAAGCGAUACCAGCAGUGGUGGCGACGACGAUGGUCCCAAUACCCCAGUAAUCUCGGUAAAGAGUGGAGCCUCAACUCUUUCGCCCAAUUCGCCAAUGCGUAGUGGCUUUACAACGUCAGAGAAUAUCAACUGCAGUGUAGAUGAUGUACUGCAGCUAUUGAGCCAGCUAAAUGCUUUGAAUCAAAAGGAAAGUGAAAGUGUCCGUGAGAAAGAUGACCGAAUGGAAGUCGAUGACAGUGGUACUUGUACUCUACCUGCAGAUAUGUUUAUGAGCAAGAAGAUCACUAAUAAGCUGCAGCAGCAAAUUCAAGAUCCGUUGGUUUUGUCAAGUAAUAGCUUGCCAACUUGGUGUGAGGACUUGAAUCAGUCCUGUCCGUUCCUAUUCCCAUUCGAGACACGUCAGGUGUAUUUCAAUUGCACUGCAUUUGGAGCUUCUCGAUCAAUUGUAUGUCUGCAAUCACAACGUGAUGUAACGUUGGAGCGUCAGCGUAUGCCAGGUCUAAGUCCGCGACGUGACGAUCAGUUGGAAUUCCGUGUGGGACGGCUUAAGCAUGAACGAGUUAAGGUACCACGCUCGGAUAAUCUUCUCGAUUGGGCAAUGCAAGUAAUGAAAGUGCACUGCAACCGAAAGUCGGUUCUUGAAGUCGAAUUCAUUGGAGAAGAAGGAACUGGACUGGGUCCUACCCUGGAGUUUUAUGCUCUUGUUGCUGCUGAACUACAGAGAGCAGAUUUGGGAAUGUGGUUGUGCGAGGAUGAUGAACAGAGUCUUGCUACUGAAGAUCAAUAUAUUCACUUGGGUCAAGGUUUGAAACCGACUGGCUAUUAUGUUAGCCGUAAAGAAUGUGGUCUGUUCCCGGCACCUUUGCCCCAGGACUCUGAGAUUUGCGAACGUGUAUCAAAGUACUAUUGGUUCUUGGGAGUGUUUAUCGCCAAGGUUUUGCAAGACAUGCGUCUGGUUGACUUGCCACUUUCAGAUUCAUUCCUUCAACUUCUCUGCCACAAUAAGAUCCUAUCAAAGUCUAGUGUUAUUCAAGCAGUCAAGGCCUGCGAUGAUUUGAUGAUGUCAUCGAUUAUGUCUGAAGACUCUGAACUUGCUGAUACAUGUUCCAAACUUUUGGGCAAUGAAUUCCCCGAAUCAUGUUGGUACGAUGGCGUUCUCACACAAGAUAAUCUCUCCGAAAUCGAUCCAAUUCGUGCAGAAUUUCUAAAACAACUACAAGAUAUGGUCGCACGUAAGCAGACAAUCGAAAUGGAUCCACAUUUAUCACCGGAUCAACGAAAUUUAGCAAUUGCUGAUUUGAAAUUAAUCACAAAGAAUGGAGAGGCACAAUUAGAGGAUUUAGCUUUGACAUUCACAUAUCUGCCUAGCUCACGGGUUUAUGGCUUUCCUUAUGCUGAGUUGGUACCAAAUGGAGCUGCCAUUGAUGUUACGAUACAUAAUUUGGAAGAAUAUUGUGAAUUAUUGAUGAAUUUCUCACUUCAAGAUGGUAUUGCCAAACAAUUGGAAGCAUUCCAUCGUGGCUUUUGUCAAGUAUUCCCAUUGAAUAAGUUAGCUGCAUUUAGUCCACAAGAGGCACGUAUGAUGAUUUGUGGUGAACAACAUCCAAAGUGGACAAGGGAAGAUCUCAUCAAUUAUACUGAACCAAAAUUGGGCUAUUCCAAAGAUAGUCCUGGCUUUCUUCGUUUCGUGAACGUACUUCUCGGCAUGACUGGUCCCGAACGUAAAGCAUUUCUACAAUUUACCACCGGCUGCAGUAGUUUGCCACCAGGCGGAUUGGCUAAUCUACAUCCACGCCUUACCGUUGUCCGUAAAGUGGAUGCCGGUGAAGGAAGCUACCCAUCGGUUAAUACAUGCGUACACUAUUUAAAACUGCCCGACUAUCCAACUGAAGAAAUACUAAAAGACCGUCUAUUGACAGCAACGAAAGAGAAAGGAUUCCAUUUGAAUUAAGAAAAAACAAAAA